AUGGAGGAUGCUCUCAUCUUAAAUUUUAUUCGCCUUGUGCGUAACGGUAGAAGAUGCGUAAUGGCACAUGAAGUAUUCCGCUGGGGUGAUCUACACAUGAUGGACAAUGGUGCUUAUGAGAAGGAUGAGGAGGAUCUACGGAAGCACCGGUGCAAAAAAGGUUUACCAUCUCCAGUAUACCUCGUGGUGUCUGUGAAAGGAUCAGUAGCGGAAGUUUGGAAGUUUCAAGAUUUCCGUUCUACAACUACAAAGACGAUAAUAAACUCCACCUUAACACCUUCUUCUAUUGCAUUUCAGGGUGUUAUGUUAAAUGAACAAUAUGAAGCCUCUUUAAAAACACUUGUAAGUGUUAUUUAUGCAUAUUUGCGUAUUCAUGAGUUAUAUUUAGAUAUUAUGGAUACAGAUCCUGAUGAUGUUUCAUUGCAAUUAGUUCUGGAAAAUGAGGAACUUCCAAAACUUGAAUUAGAUAGUUGUACAAAACAGGUAUGGGCUGUAGAAGGAUUAUUAGGUGUGAAUGUUACGUACAAUCGUUUAUGGCGAACCUUUAUGAAGAACAAAGCUGUACCUGUAAAUAUAUCCAAUGAAACACACUCAACUGCUGUGAAUGUGAAGACAGAUUAUCUUGUUGAACCCCAUGUUGGAAGUACAGCAGCACAGGGAUCAGACUCUAUGGGAAGUGGUCGCUCUUUACCAACGCCGCACUUUGCACCUGCGCCUCUUCCAAGUUCUAUGGGAUCUGGACAAAUGGGAAUAUCACAGAAAUUCUUUAGAAGUCCACCAUUUGCGAUUCCUGAGAUAUUUCUCCCACAUGCGGCCACUAAUAUAAACGAUAGUCAUUCCUUCUUCACAAGUCCCUCAUUGGGGGCGGCGGCGGCUGCUGUGGCGGGUCAUGGAACUCGAACUCCCGCCGUUCGCGGGUAUUCUUUUGUGUCUGUGCCGACCUUUGCGGCUCUCGGCUCCGAUUCUCAAUCGGGGGAUGAGAAUGAUAUGAUUAGUGUGGAUGAUCAGCUUCAUGAGCUUUUGGAAAUAUGCGAUACCGUUCACAUACAGGAAAGUUUUGUGGAACUCAGCGACGUGCUUAAUAUACUAGACAAAAAACUUUUAAUUCCGUAA